CCCGAUCCGGCAGCGGUCGGGAAAGCUCACUAUUAUAUUUAUUUAACAUACCAACAUAUAGUUAUUAUAUUAAUUAUUAAUUUAUAAGCCCACAGUCCUGUGAUCACAGAGGCAAUGCGCGUGGAGGCAUUUGUCUGUGGCCUGACAGUCUUUCUGUUCGUCUGUCUGUCCGUGAAUGCUCUCUCGUCGAACGGUCGACAUGUUUGUAGACACACACGAGUAGAAUCCUACACCGCUCAAGACCGCUACAAAACCAAAUGCGGAUUUUUAAACUGGAAACGGUGUACUCGCUACAGGCGAGUGACUCGUACGCGGACAGCCACAGACUACAGGUGUUGUUCCGGGUGGUCGAGUGUAGACAACGUCCACUGUGACAGAGCAAUUUGCUUUGGACUGACCCCUGGGACUUGCCCUAACGGCGGAAAGUGCGUCAGACCAGGAGUUUGUUCCUGUCGUCCGGGCUUUUCUGGCGCUAGAUGCCCAGAUAUUAUUGAAUGCAACUCGGGUAAUGGCGGAUGUGAACAUCAGUGCGUGAAUACAGUUGGAUCCUUCCGUUGUCAGUGCAACUCGGGCUAUGGACUACUUUCAAACCAAAGAAACUGUAAACCGGUGUGUUUUGGCCAAAGCCCCGGGGUAUGCGCUAACGGUGGCACGUGUACAGCUCCAAACAGCUGCCGGUGUCCGGCCGGAUACUCUACCCCUCAGUGCGCAGACAUUAAUGAAUGCAGCAACAACAACGGUGGCUGUGCGCAGCUGUGUGACAAUCUCCCCGGGUCUUUCCGGUGUCGAUGUGGGCGCGGUUUCGGGUUACUGGGAGACGGGAAAUCCUGCAAGCCAAUUUGCCACGGUGCACCACUCGGCACGUGCAAGAAUGGCGGAACGUGUCUCAAACCAGACGUGUGCGCAUGCCCUGUGGGAUUUGCCGCUCCGACAUGCGACGAUAUCAACGAAUGUAACACGAACAACGGCGGCUGUAGCCAGACUUGUACGAACACCCAGGGGUCAUACAAGUGUAGCUGUGAGGCUGGGUACGGGCUGGUGGACGGAAGUCAGUGUAAACCGAUCUGCUUCGGCGGAGCCCCCGGGACAUGCCCUAAUGGUGGUAAAUGUCUGAGCCCCGACAGGUGCUCCUGCCCCCCGGGAUAUGCAGGAUCACCCUGCGCUGAUGUUAACGAGUGCCAGACAGGCAAUGGUGGAUGUUCUCAGACUUGCUCAAACACCGUAGGAUCCUUCACGUGCUCCUGCAAGCCGGGUUACCAGCUAGAUGCUGACGGACGUACUUGCAAAGCACUCUGUCAGGGACUUCCAGCAGGCACCUGUCCAAAUGGUGGCACCUGCAUAGAACCGGAUGUUUGCGAAUGCCCAAACGGUUUCUCUGCGCCUACAUGUGAAGAUAUAAACGAAUGUCAAUCCAAUAAUGGUGGAUGUGAACAGCAGAUACCGUUAGCUGAUGACGGGAAGUCAUGCACAGAUAUCGACGAGUGCACAGAAGGCACUUCCGGUUGCAGCAAUUUUUGUGUCAAUGACCCCGGAAGUUUCCACUGUGAUUGCCCUCUGGGAUACGAGCUUGGAGAUGACGGACUUCAGUGUCAAGAUCUGGAUGAAUGCAAAACGAAUAACGGCGGUUGCUCCCAUAUCUGUGCCAAUACUGACGGGUCUUUCGUGUGCUCGUGUCGGGAUGGGUUUGUCCUGGACGGGGACAGAAAAACAUGCAGAGAUGCUUCAGACUGCGGCGACAAACAGUUCGUCUGGUGUUGGCCCCAGUGUACACAGUCAGGAACUUCAUGUGACUGUCCUCCAGGUCAUGUACUACAUAGCAACGGACUGAACUGUGUUGACCCCUGUUUUAUCAAGCCCUGUCAGCAUAACGGUAUGUGCUCCAAACCCUCUCCUGAUGCAACCACAUUUACAUGUGACUGUACAAACACGGGUUACGAAGGAGACCGCUGUGAAACAGGAAUCAUCUCACUGCCAGACAAUGUGCGAGUCAGAGCCGGUGUCCUAUCAGACAAUUUCGUGGUGACAGCAUUCCCGGAGCAGGAGUUAAUUCUCAGUGCCGAAACAACGGACGGUAUCCAGGUUUUUCCUGAUCGAUUGUUUAUCCGGAGUCCAGCUACUAGCGCCACUUUUAAAGUUCUUUCUCCUGACAGUGGGAAAUUCGUCGUCAGCUUCAGGGCUUCCGGAGCAGACGCUGCAUCUUUCAGUGACGUCACCACCCUCGAGGUUCUGUCCGAUGACGUAUUCUCAAAAUACCAAAUUCCCUUUGAGGGGCUUCCUGAGGGGAAUUUCUUCAUCGACCUCAGUCUCCAAGGUGAGGACUAUAAGUUCACUUCGACGUCUCAGUGGUACCGACUCAACUCCAACCCGAAUAUCUUCUUCACCAAAGGUGUCACAUUCUCCUCUGUUGGAAAUCUCUCGGUACCCAUGUCUGUGAACGGUCUGGAGGUAAACGUAAACAACGAGCUAACAGUCGGUCCUGUGAGUGGCCUUCGGGGCCCAAAUGUAGGAUCGGCUGUUUCGGGAGAAGUCAUCAGAAGAGCGAGACAAGCUACCUUUGAACUCUCAGUCAAAGAUAUCAACGACUUCAUCAAGAAACACAGCUUACUGAAGCAGGUAUUUGCAUUCCUUCAGCUUUUAUUGCCACCUUGGUUGAGGAUGUUUGUGGCCACAAACUCUCCACAGCCGUUCUUCUUUGCCCAAAUAGCAACCGGAAGUACAGUAAAGAAGUUACGCUACUGCGCAGGUGCACCGGUAAAUGACGACUCCAGAUAUCACGUAUUCCGCUUUACUCAUGCCAUUGUACUGACGCUUGUCAACCAAGACGUGUAUUUGCCAGAACUCCACAGUGAGCAGUACUGCAUCAUCCUGGACUUGUAUAAAGAUUUCGGCACGACGUUCAUGAUGAUGUUUCCCGAUAAAGCAGCAGCUCUUCUGGCGGAAGUUGAAGUAUUCAAAAAGCUGAAAGAAGACUCGGGUGUGAAGGUUUUUCCCAAUGGCAUUGGAUUUUCUUUGUUUAGAAAGCUAAACGUACGCCCCAUCGGGUCUGAACUGGAGUUGUGGAACGGGGACGAAACAUUCAAAUACCCCCUUAGCCAGACGGCUACGUUUUGGGUAUCUUUGGAGGUUAGCCGAGUUCGAGAUCCCAACAAAUCCUUUGAUUUUUCAGUAGCCCCAGUUCCAGUAGAAACUUACGCCGCUCUGCCUGAUAUUCGAAAGAUUUUGACGCACGUGUUUGUUGACCCCUGGGAAGUUUACCUGAAGUCUGGCGGGAAACCAAUGGAAGUGGCUCUAUAUGUCACGAUACUGAAGAAUCGAGCUACAAUUUCCUUGUCAUUUGGCAAUUUCCUGCAACACAGUUUACAAGCGUUUGGGUCUGUUGGAGGUCCAGGACCGAGAACAUACUGUGGACCCCAAGCCAAUCCUCCUGGCGUUUUCACCACAGUGUUUGUUGACGCCAAACUUCUCCGUGGCGUCCCCGUCAUUCAGGAUCUUGCCUUUAACAUUGAGCUGGAAGCAGACUUUUUUUACCGUCUGGAUGACGCUGACAUUUCCAAUGUUCCUCGACCGAUUGAUAUCAUAAAAUCUGUUUUAGCUCAGGUUAAACAGGCUGUUAUUGAGCUCCUGAACUUCGUCGUGACCGAAAUUCAAAAAUACGUCGGGGUCAUCGCACCAGUCAUACUUGAAGCAAUACAAGAAUUUCGCCAGCACAUUCAAGCGCUGUUGCAAUUGGUCAAUCAGUUUUUGGACAAAUUCAACUUGACGGCGUUGAUAAAGAAUGUGGCCGAUCUUGUCAAAGAUAUCAUAGAGAGCAUCAAUAAUCUGGUUCAGAAAGUCAGACAGCUGGUGGACCUUAUCAAACUGAUGUUCGAAAAAACCCUCAAGAACUUUAUAACAUUUGUGAAAACGAAGGUGGAUGAGAUUAAGAACAACACCCUAACUAUGGUACAGUCGCUCUAUAACGAGACUGUCGGCAUCUUCAAGGGUCCAAAAACAUUUGGAAUACGCGGUUACUUCUCGAUCACUGUUUUGGGUCUGUCUUUAGGCAUCGAGGGCGAAUUCGUGAAAUCUGACGCUCAUUUACGGCGCUGUGGGGAUUUAGUAGAAAUCUUCGAUCACAUGAAUGGAGAAGCGGCGUGGCGAGCAUUUGGUGUCGUAGAUGCAUUCAAAAUUGGCCUUGCCAACGGAAAAGCAAACAGUGGCGGGAAAAUAGAGAACAAACUAUGGAGUCUAGUUUCGGUAAAACUGGGAUUUGGCUUCGGGCUCGCCUUAGCAAGUGACAGCAACAAUUUUGUUGUACAGCUUCACGCUCGUCUGAAUUUCUUCGGAGCCAAAGCCACAGCAGAUCUCUUCGUCACCAACAAGGAGAUUGCCACGCGGGCGGAAGUUAACAUCUGGGAUAUUUUCAGAGCCAGACUAACUAUCCGAGCCACGGUAUUUGUAAAUGUCGCAGACUGGGCUUUACAGAUUCGAGGUGAAUUUAUUCCUGGUGGUGGCCGCAAGCGCCAGGCAGGCAACAACGUUCAAGCAAGUCUCGGAGAUGCCAUACGAAAAUUUGUGAACAGGUUAGCUGAUGAAGCAGUUAAACGAAUAGACAAAGCCAAGGAGGCGGUAAACGUAGCCAAAGAUAAGGUUACGAGUGCGCAGAGAUGGUUGGACGAGAAAAAAGACGACGUUGACAAAGCCAACGUUUUCUUCGAUAAGGGCGUGGAAGGCUUAGAACGCGCAAAGCAAAAAGUGGAGGCGGCUAAGGGUCCUUUCAAGAAAGCGCUUGAAAAAUUAAAAGCUGCACAAAAGAGAGUCGAUCGUCUUUGUAAGAUUAAAACAUGUUCAAAAAUUUGCAUUCCUGGUAUAAAAUUUAAGAAAUGUAAGGUUGGCUGGGUAAAGAUCCCGUGUCCAAGAUGGACAAGUUGUAUGAUCAAGAUUCCUAAUCCUCUGUGUGUGGCUGCAAAUUUGGCUUGUCGUGCUCUACGAGGUGUUGCGUUUUUAGCACUGGAAGCGGCCAAACUUUUCGUUAGGGCGCCUAUGCUUGCCUUAGACAUCGCCAAAGGUCUCCUGUCCGCCGCGCAAGUUAUUGUAGACAAGGCGCGUAUUGUCUUAGAGGUCGCAAAAUUGGCUUUAGACGGAGCCAAGUUACUUCUAGAAGGUGUUAAAGGAUUACUGAGUGCCGCCAACGCCACACUAGAGGGUGUCAAAUUCGCUGUUAGAGCUGUGUCGUAUGCAAUCAAUUUCAUUGUGAAAUAUGGCUUACAAAGUAUCAUCGACAUUGGUAAUUGUGGGUUUGAGAUUGAGUUAUCCACAAGAGACUUGUUUGAGUUCGAAAUAUUUUGUGAUGUUAAUCCAUUUCGGCUUGGCUGGCGCACUGUUCGUUUCCGUUUAAAUUUCCGCAACAUUUUUGGUAGCAUUUGGAAUGCAGCAAAAUCAUUGGUCAACGGCUUUUUGGAUUCUGUGAAGAAACUGGUUGGGCGACGAAAGCGGGACAUAGAUCACGAAGUAUUUUCUAGACUUCACAAGGCGUUCCGCUACCGACGACAGGCGGGAAAUGGAACGUUCGAUGAAAGUGUGUUCGACAGUCUUGAUGAUCGAGUCUCAAAUAAUACCGUGCUUACAAAUACAACCCGAGAGAGUGAAAUUCAGUUCUGGAGAGAACAAUGCUCUCGCUACUCUCCUGUAAUAACAUUUCUCCGACAGAGUAUAGAAGAGCUGAAUAACGUCACAAAAGAGUUGGAGACUUCCAUGCAAGAAGUUUCCAAUCGUGGUUCAGAAACUGUAGAGAUACGAAAUUCCUUACUCGACAUGAAUGCUGAUGACUCUGAAAUUGACUACACCGUGGCCGAAGAAGACUUCAACGUGACCAGAGAUCAAGUUGCCGAUGUCUUGAAUGACGUGAAUACAAACAUGCAGGAUGAUGACCUAGUGAAGGAAAGCAAAUCUGCAACAGAGUACGUUAUUCAAAGCAACGAGGAGGCACUGAACAGUUUUGCUAGUGCAGAAAUCUUACCUUUCUGGCGGGAAAGGAUGGAAAAUAUGACUCUGGAGCUGUUGUCUACUGAUGAGUGCUCUGGGUUUUAUGACUGUGUGAUUUGGAGUUUUGGGGAAAUUUACCAACUCGUGGAUUCUGUCGAUCCACAGCUUCUUCCAGGAGCUCAGCAAGAUUUACCACCUUUAGAAGAACAAUUCUACAGCCUUUUCGACAAUAACACCAAGAGUUUUGCAGAGUUGAUAAAUACAACAACGGAGAUCUUGAACGAGCUGCGGUUGUUGAAUACAGAUGAGGUUUUCUGUGCCACAGUGCCAGAAAUCACAAAAAGUCCCAGAAACGUCACUGUGAGGUCAGGAGAAAGUGUCACGUUAACGUGCUCUGCUUCAAGCGUCCCUGAGCCUAGCUACUACUGGUACAAGAAUGAGGAAAUGUACGCUACUGGUGGUUCUCUCAUACUGACAGGACUGACGAGUGAAGAUGCCGGAGAGUACGUUUGUGUGGCUGGAAAUCACGUGACCAACGUGACGUCCGACCCAGCCGUUGUCACAGUUAUCUCCCCUCCUAGAAUUCUGUCUCAACCGCCAUCCCGCAUUGAAGCUCUUAUCGGCGAAAAAGUGGUUAUUGUGUGUAAUGUUUCCGCUUCACCGGAGGCAAACAUAACAUGGCGUCUGGUCUCCGAUGAUGCCUUUAAAGUGGAAAAUAAAUCCCUAGUGUUGCCUUCCGUCCAGGAAUCAGAUGCUGGAGCUUACAGAUGCGAAGCUGCGAACGAGUACGGCAGUGUUUCAACUAAUGAAAUGACGCUUGAGGUCUUGGAAGCCAGACCUCUUUGUCCCACAGUGACAUUGAAGUUUGGAUUUAUAACAGCCGAGCCGGGCAAAGUGAAAGAAAACGAAACAUUACUUCAAAAAGAUGUAAACAACGUGCCUUUACAGACAGCUUUCCGCGAGACCGUGAUGUUUGUCGCAAAUGUCACAACGUUACCAGUCACCGUUGACGUCAGCAUACUGACGUCACCACCAAACGUCGCCGUGUUGUCUAUGACGGCGGGCUGUGAGGAAGUGCCUCAGACGUGUGUUUCCGCGAUCUGCCAGCAGAUAUACAGUGAUGCCCAUCAAUUCCUUCAACAAACCAUCACCAACCUUCAAGAAGUGAUCCUCUCUGACAAGCCAUUGUUCAUCAAUCACGAAAAGGCAUUUUAUUUCAACCCUUCAAUUGUGAACAUACCAGAAGAGUCGAACAGCUGUCCCAAAGGGUUUAAGGAAAAUGACGCCCAGCUAUGUGUGAAAUUUGAUGAUGGAUCUCCACAGAACUUACGCAUUUCUAGAGCCAUUCGCUUCGGCCCGGUGACAACUUUUAUUCUGAACUGGGAUUCUCCAACACAAGCUGACGAGAUUGUCAGACAGCUAGGGUACGUUGUGGAAAUUUCCAACCUAAUGUACAACCCACCCAGUGUACAGAGGACGUUCUACCCGUCGUUUGGUAUCUUACUUCAAGCGAAGGAUGGAGAGACUACUGUAAGAGUGAGGGCAGUUCAAGAGAAUGGACUCAGUCCUGCGGCUGAGAUUGUCAUCCCUGCUGUCGGCGAAGAGAACACAGCCGGAUCAUAUCCCAUAUUUGCACCAGCGUAGGAUAAGGGAACUCAUGAAGAUGCUGCGUUACCCAAAGCUCAAAGGCUAAAAGUCUCAACGAAUUAAAACAAUUUACAUUAAUGUAUUUCUGUUUAUGAAUUAUUUUCUAUUAACCAGUUUGUAUGCUUGAAUAAAGAACAUUUUAUAGAA